AUGUCUCAAUUGCCCACUCCCCAACUCAUCAAAUCAGCUACUUUGCCCUCUCAAAUUUAUUUGCCUAAUGUGUUGGAAUACACUAGUCGGGUCUUCGGCCUCAAAACGAACCCCCAUCAUCGCGAGGCUGAGGCUGAGUCUUACGAGUGGUUUGCUACUUUUGGCAUCCAUAAUGAGACUAAACUCCAGAAGUUCUUCGAAGCCGGCUUCGGUCAUAUGACUGCGCUUUGUUAUCCUGAAUGCGACUUUGCUCACCUCCGCGUUACCAUGGACUUUGUCCUUUGGUUGUUCUCUUUUGACGAUUUGACUGAUGCUGGAGGACUGGAUAGUGUACAGGGAAUGAAGCGUGCCGUUGAUGUCACUAUGAAGGUCCUUCGUGAUCCCACCUCUCCACCACCAAAAUUCAAGGUUGCGGCAAUGCUCCAUAGCUACUUUAACCGCAUGCGUGAAGAUGGGAGCGAAGCGACAAUUCGACACUUUAUUGACGCAGUAGACUUCUACACCAAGGCCGUCUAUCAGCAGAAGGUUAAUCGUUCAGAUGAUAGAACGCCUAGCAUCGAUGAGUACAUCCAGCUUCGCCGAGACACUUCGGCAAUGAAGAUUGCAUGGGCUGUGCUUGAGUACUCCCUCUGCAUGGACCUACCUGAUGAGGUUGUCAACCACCCAGUUGUGAAAGAGCUUGCGGAUGCUGGAAAUGACAUCCUGACUUGGGCUAACGACAUCUACUCUUUCCCAAUUGAGUUUGCUCGGGGGGAUACACACAACUUUGUAUGCGUGGCUAUGGAGCACAAAAAGCUCGACCUCAAUGGUGCAAUAGAGUUUGUGAAUAAACUUACACGACAACGUCUUGACGACUAUGUCGCUGCCAAAGCACAACUGCCUUCCUUCGGGCCUGGACUGGACGAACAAGUUGCUCAAUACCUCAAAGGUAUUGAGUAUUGUGUUCAAGGCUUCAUCGAGUGGACCUUUUUGACCCCUCGCUACUUUGGCAACGAAGCUCUCCAGGUUAAGGAGACUGGUGUGGUAAAUUUAAUGGCCCCGAUCACACUAGAGGCUCAUGUGGUGGUCGAAGCUUGA